AUGGGGUCAAAAUACCAACAGAUUGAGUCAACGCAGCUCGGGUUGGCGAAGAGAAAGAACAGAAGAAAGUCGCCAGUGUUCUGGAUCUCUGGUUUGGCCGCUCUAUGUCUCUUCAUCGUGGCAGGAACUUGGAGAGGCGAUACCCUGCAGCGAGCAGUGCGUGGCUGUUGGGAUCGCGUCUUUCCGGGCAAGUCAGACAGACUCAUCCGCAAGUACAACCUUCAGACAGGAGUCCGAUGGAUGAACCAAGAUGGCGGGCGUUGGAGGGUCAUGUUCACCUGUAAUGGCCAGUCGCCCUGCCCGACACUGUACGCCGAAGAGGGCGAUCUCGUCGAGUUGACGGUCAAGAGCGACAUCUAUGCACAGUCGUCAAUUCAUUGGUCUGGAAUCGGUCACAAGGGAACUGGCAGCUGGAAUGAUGGCACGGCUGGAAUCUCUCAGUUCCCAAUUCUGCCCCGCGGUAACUUCACCAGCGUGAUUGACACAGCUGGCUCCUGGGGUCUGAACUGGUACGCCGAACACACAUCGGCCGCAUCAGCAGAUGGUUUAUAUGGCAUGGUCUACGUAGCACCCAGUCCAUCAAGACCUAGACCGUACAGGUUGAUCACCAACGAUGAGACUGAGUUGCGCAAGAUUAUGGAAGCCGAGAGGGAAGCCCGCCACUUGGCCAUCAAGAACCACCAGCACCGCGAUACCGGCUGGAAGAUGUUGCGUAUGAGGGCCGAGGGUUCCGAGUUCUACUGCUACAAUUCCAUCAUCGUCAACGGCAAGGGUCGUGUGCAUUGUCGCCAACCCGGCUUCGAGACGUUGAAUGGCCAAAACAUCGACGAGACCGGCUGCAUUCAGCCAGCAGGUCUUCCGCAAGAAACUUGCACGCCUAGCAAGGCUGACUAUGAGGUCAUUGAAACUGAAGGUCGACCUUACAUCAUGCUUAACCUUAUCAACAUUGGUUUCGAGCACUCAGUCAUGGCCUCCAUCGACAAUCACAAGAUGAUUGUGGUUGCGAACAAUGGCGGCUUCGUCACUCCGGAGGAGACUGAUGUUGUAUACGUCCCCAGUGCCGGUAGGGUUACCGUUCUGAUGAAGUUGGAUGCGAAGCCUGGUGACUAUGCCCUGCGCAUGUCGUCCACGAGUCAAAUGCAGAACUUGCAGGGCUACUCGAUCCUCAGAUACCCGGCGAGUCGUCGUCCCAUCUAUGGCCAGCCGAUGGAGUUGCCACAACCUUCGAAUUCAGACGAUAUCUGCGUGCUACCCGACAGCUCCACCAAGAAAGGAUGCAAGACUACCAACUCACAUUUCCUUCCUCCUUACCCCGAGUUCCCGCCACCAAAGGCCAAGAAGUCCCGCCCAGCCUCCGCCGACUUCACCUUCCGUCUGGCAGCCGGAUCUCAGCCUUCACUCACGGAGCCUCACGUCCCAGAGUACUUCCUCAACGAGAAGCCCUGGCAACUCUUCCGUUCUUCGUUGACCCCGCUACUCUUCCAUGACUUCAAUGCCAGCUCCGGGAAGUCGCUGGACAAGCCUGUCAUCGAGGGGAUUCCCAUGGGAAGCGUCGUCGACCUGAUCAUCGAGAACCAACUGAAUGACACCAUCCCUCUCUACAAGCACGCAGAUCCUGCGUGGCUUCUUGGUGUCAGUUCGAACGCGCGAUUCCCUUAUGCCAGCGUUGAAGAGGCAGUUGCUUCGGACAGAGACGUUGCAUCCGCGCUAAACCUCCAAGAUCCCGGACUUGUCACUAUCCAUGACUUGCCUCCUCUGGGAUGGAGUGUCCUUCGCUUCAAGGUCACGACCAAGGCAGCUACAAUGAUUCACGCGGUAAAGCUCAGAUACUUUGCGCUUGGCAUGUCGGCACCCAUUAUGGAAGGCAUACUUCCCAAUGACCCGGCAAACUUCCCCCUGUCUGCUGCCAACAGACCUCACGUAGACUUUGAACCCAAGAAUGAUGGAGUCUUUGGCUAG